UCAGCAAUUGGUUAGAGGCUGAGCUUUCCCACAAGAGAGUGGGAGAUUUUUGUAAUACAGUGUUCACAAGAACGUGCUCCAGAGCUCAGCUGUUGUGCUCUCCAUUUAACCUCUUCGGGCAAGAAGCUCCAUUUCAGGUCUUCCAAGAGGUGUGGAAGUGGAGCAAUACAAACUUCAGCACUGAAGAAGCACUGAGUUUUGUUUUCAGAAGGUUCUGGAUAGUAGCCAAAAACUGCUUCAUGAUGGGCUCCAUUUCUAGAUCAGUUACUGAGUUUUGCCUUGAUCUCUACAAUAAGCUCAACAGAAAUGCAGAGAACACAAAUAUUGUCUUUUCUCCAAUGAGCAUCUCUGUUGCCCUGGCCCUGGUCCAUCUAGGUGCAAGAAACAACACUGCUGCUCAGAUAGAAGAAGUGCUCCAUGUCAGAAAAACUACAGGAAGAAUGAGCCUGGGAUCUGAUCCUGAGAGCACAGAAACAGAGCCAGAAGGGAGCGCGGAGAGACAGCUUUCCCCCUCACAGUGUAACAAGGAUGGAGACCUCAACCAUAAAGAGUUCCAGGCACUGCUUUUACAGCUACAAAACCUUGGCGAAAGAUAUAUUUUAACCCUUGCCAACAAUCUCUUUAUACAACAAGGAUUUGAACUCCAGCAGCAAUUUCUAACUUGCUCUGAGGAACUAUAUGGAGCAAUGGUACAAACAGUAGACUUUCAUGGUGCUGUUGAAGCUGCCAGAAUAAAAAUCAACACUUGGGUUGAAAGUGAGACGCAAGGUAAAAUCAAAGAACUCUUUGCUCCUGGUGUGAUUGAUGUACAUGCAUUGCUGGUGCUGGUGAAUGUAAUCUACUUCAAAGCAUCCUGGGAGCACAAGUUUGAGGAACAAAAAACAGUACAGAGAGACUUUAAACUGAAUCAGAAUGAGAAAAAACGUGUGCAGAUGAUGUAUCAGAAAAGAACAUUUAAAUUAGGCUACAUUGAGGAGAUGGAUGCUCAGAUCCUUGAACUCCCUUAUGCUCAGAAGUCACUGAGCAUGGUCAUCCUGCUGCCAAGUGGUACAGCUGAUGGAUCUACCACUGGGCUGGAGCAGAUUGAAAGCACAAUGACUUAUGAAAAUUUAAUGCUGUGGGCCUCUUCAGAGCACAUGUUUGAGACAACAGUAGAGGUGUACCUCCCGCGAUUCAAGCUUGAAGGCACCUUUAACCUCAAUGAGGUAUUACAAGAGAUGGGGAUGACCGACGUCUUCAGUGAAUCAAAAGCUGACCUUUCUGCAAUGUCAUUUGCAAAGUCUCUGGUACUGUCAAAGGUUGUCCAUAAGACAUAUGUGGAAGUCAAUGAGGAAGGCACUGUAGCAGCAGCUGGUACAGCAGCUGCCAUCAUGGGGAGGUCUCUUCCUCUCAAGGAGGUCUUUAUGGCUGAUCACCCUUUCUUGUUCUUUAUUCGACAUAAUCCUACCGAUACCAUUCUUUUCUUUGGCAAACUCUGCUCACCUUAAAAUCAGGGCCAUUUUCCAACACUGUGAGAAACAGUUGGAUCAAAAUGAGAAAUUGUAUUUUUUCCUCAAUGCAUUCUUAAUCCUUUGGCAGCUAGUUUGUAUUUCAAAGUGAUCCCUAAAACCAGUUUAGUUUAGAACCGAUCAAUUGAAUGCUCUGCCACUAGGCUCCUUGAAUUGCAAAUAUUGAUCUGAAUCCAGAAUAAGAGUAAAUUUUGUCUUAGCCUCAUUGGAUAUGAAUAACAUUUUGUUUCCUCAAUGACCACAUAUGCUCCUGCAUUCAUAUGCUUUCAUAUGCAUAUUAAUGAUGGUGACGAAAGGGUUGAGGUUAAAAGGGACCUCUGGAGGUCAUCUGGUCCACCUCCCCUGCUCAAGCAGGGCCAUGUACAGCUGGUUGUCCAGGAUCAUGUACAGAUGGCUUUUGGAUAUCUCUAAGGAUUGAGACUCCAUCACCUCUCUGGACUGUCCCUCCUGUGUGCUCCCUAAAGUCUCAGAUUACUCCAAAGAGAAAUUUGUAUGCACACUGUCUGCUGUAACAAGAUCCAAACCCACAUAUUUCUAACGAUGGUUAAUUAUUUACAUAGUAAAGAAGUCUGUCUUUAUAUGGGGAUAAACCAAGAGUUUUCAGUCUCAAAGAAUAGGAGGAAAAUGUUUUAAAGCACCCCAUUGAAGUUACUGAUGUGUGAGCUUUAGCCAUGAACUUCCAAUACAUGUUUUUUCUUCUUUACAUGCUGCUGUUGGUGAAUUUUAACAAUCUGAGAUACAGACAUGAAAGAUGGGGCUCUCUCCAUGAUCUGAGAAAUGAAGAAAAGGUUUGAAAUAGGUUGCCUAUAGAGGUUGUAGAGUCUCCUUCCUUGGAUGUAUUCAAGAGCCAUCUGGGCAAUCCUGAGUAAUGUGCUCUAGGCGACCUGAUUGAGCAAGAACAGACAGGAGCAGGACAAUAAAAGAGUAAAAAAAACAGCCUACUCUUGAUUGUCUAAUUUGGAGUUGCAGGCAGCCCAAUUUACCUAUUAGAUGAUGCUUUUGUUAACUAAAGUUAUCAACAUAAGGUGUUUACAUUCUCUGGGGAAGUUUUGAACACUGCAACCUCAAAAAUCAACACUGCUUCUGAAAAUACAGGGAUGGGUAUCUCACUGAUGAAGUGGUAAAUGCCACAAGGGAAAAAACUUUCCCUUUAUUCCUAUCUUUUCUCAGAAAUGGGUAUAGACACCCCAACCUUCAGUAUAUUCUAUUUUGGCACUCUUGAGUGUCUGACGACACUAUGGGUUAGCAGGGGGAUGGAUCUGCACUUGCUAUCACUGCAGAAUGAGGGAGGCUAGUCCUGGAAGUGAAAGAAGUAGAGGGGAAUGUUUGCAGUAAAAAUAUCCAUUUAAUGCUGGCUAAGCAGGACCAUUUCUGUGCUGCCAGAGCAUGGAUAUGUGGAGACAUGUAGUGAGCCCUGUUUGUCGUAAGGGAUGCACCUGGGACAUUUCUGGUACAUGCAAUAGCAGUGGUUUUAUGACUUCCACAAUCUCAUGCACUAUGCAAAGAAGAUUAACAUUGUGAAGAGGAAAAACCACAUGUUUGUGUGACAUAUUUCUUUUGCUUUUUUCCCCCCUCAGUGCAAACUCUACCAAAGGCUGUGCCCGUCUCAGCCAAUCCCCAUCUGUGCAAACUAUGUCCAAUGCCUCUUCUCUCCCUGCAGUUCUCAGCUCGCCAAGGGAACACACGUUGUCUUUGCGAAUAUCAAGGUUCAGAUGUGUUUGCUGCUCUGCCCUGAGCCCCCAGGGUUGGACUAGGUGAUCUUUAAAGGUCCCUUCUUACACAAACUGCAUUCUAUGGUUCUGCAUCUUGCACAUCAGUUAGCUGGAUUUGGCUAGCUUCACCAAACUUUGAUUGGUUACUGAUUUACAGCUGGUCAAACUAGUUUACAGUCACCACAUUGUAUCACAAAAUAUGUGAGCUGGUAUAAACCCAGUAGAGUUAUUAGGUAUUGUGUCUUAGACCCAAACGUACAUGCACAUUGCAAAAUCUCAGGUUCUCCUGACUUUAAUAUCCUGUGUUAUACUUACUGAACUGUGUAGGAUCUGCUUUUUUUUCCUACUCCUGUCUGGAACUGGAAGUAAUUGGGAAAAACUCAGCUGUGAUUGGAGUAAUGGUUAUUCUCAAAAUGUAGAUCUUUUCACCUAUAAGCUGAAGAAAUACCAUUUUUCAGUGCUCGUGGACUGAGACUGAAUUUACAGACACGAUCAGUGUUGAAAGUUUCACUUUUACAGUACCAUUCUUUAUGUUUGUGUUCAGUCUGAGCUAACUUUGCGUGUGGUUUCCUUUCAAGGGGUGGUGGUAGAAAUUUACACAGCAAGUCUCCACCACUCCUUGAAAUUUGGCUUGAUGCAUUUGGGUUGCAAUGUCUCUACUUCUCCAAGUUGCAUGGCCGCAGCCCUUCUUAAGGAUUCAUUAGCAGCUGUGGAUGUUCAGUCAAGUGGUGCUCACAUCUCAGUCAGCUAGGUAUUGCUUAUUCCCUGGUGUCAGCUGAGGGAAGGGCCACAGUUUGGCCCUUAAAUCACAAAAUCAGUCAGUACCCCGGCCUUGACUGAUGGUAAUGCGCAACAUGCUAAUCUACUCCAGCAGCACAGUCAGUCACACAGCAAUGGCAGCAGGGUAACCUAGACUUCUCAUUUCCAUAUUUAUUAAAAAAAUGUCUUUUGGUAGAUCCUUGGUUUUAUUUUUUGGUAAGGUAUGAUCAUUUUUAAAAUGGACUUAUAAGCACUUCUACAUGACAGUAUUCAUAGGCUUUAUGAAAACCAGAUUCAGAAGUCACACUUCCUAACCGUACUUUUCUUGUGUCUAAUAGAGAAUCAGUGAAUAACAUGUUAAAUGCACAGAAAUAUAGGUGGCUGCAGAAAGGAGAAGCAACACUAGAAUAAUGCUGUGGCUCUCCUAAAGAGAAUACAGGCUGGCUUUAAGCAUGUACAUGAAAAAAGCCUCCUGAAAGAAAAAUUUUAUCUUCUUAUGCAUGUGGAAAUAUCUCAAAUUUGUAGAUAUUUCAUUUUCACCUUCUGUAAAUUCUGAGCAGCUACUGGUUUUGUUUGCUUACUCUGAACUGCCUUGGGAUUAGCAAGGAGGUGCUUUGCUCAUGCUGAAAUUCAGGAACGAGGUGCAUCGAGAUGCAAGUCCUUAGAGAACAUCCAUUGAGUGCAUUCAAAACAGACCUUGUGCAGGUAUUCAAAUAGAGCUCCCUGAAACUGCCAUUAAAGUGACUUCAUUUUUUUUUUAAAGUGACAACAGUACAUAACUUCUGUAGUGGGGAAAUUCGUGUGGCUCAGGAUGUGAAGAGACAGUCUUCAGUGUACCCCAUUCACUUGCUGGAAUUCAAGCCUGUGUCUCACAGGAGAAUGCACCAAGCACGAUCAAGCACUGGGUUUUAGCACAGGCUGGGUGGGAGAACUGCCCAUCUUUCCUCUUUGAAUCCCUUACACAAAUUAAUACAGCCUAAUGGCACAAGAAGAUAACUCAAGGAUAACUUUGCAGUUCAACAACUAUUGUAGAUAAGUUCUUGUUUCCAGUCUCUGCUCCUGGGACUACUCUUGUUUUCAUCUAGUGACACAGAAAAACCUCAAAUAAAGUGGGCAGGUAUUCUAACAAUGAUAUUGAACUAUUUUUGUCUGUAGCUUUCUGAUAGCAUGAAGUUUUCCCCACUUUCUUAAUACCUGCCUUGAAAAGAAAACAGUGAAUAAAGUACUUCAAUUGUGAGCUU